CUGCUGCUCCUCAAGGCUCAACCACCACCGUCAAUACACACACUAUACUCUACCGUAUUGAAACAAAUCUUUACUACUAUGCUACUUUAAACAGUGAAAUUUAUUAAGGAAAAAGCGAGCGUGGUUACAAACUAACCAAUUGCCAAUAUGAGAAGGGAUUAAAUGAUUGACAGUGAGCAAUAACAACUUAAGUGAAACCUAAAACAAUGGAGACCCUCCGGUUUGCUGGAGAUGAUGAUGAUGACGAUCUGUACUCUGGUUUUGACACUGUUCACCCAGCUCUUGACGUACGACAAUUGGAAGCAGAUCAAGGAUUUCAAGAGGCGGUUCGCACAAGCUAUGGGCGACGUCCUCCAACUCAGAGCCGCAUUCCAACAACUGCAGCCCGUCUGACCUCUGCUGCCCCUCCUCGACUAGGCACUACUCAAGGCACUGGAGCACCUCUUCAUAGUUCUUUGGGUCAGGUUGGUGGUGGCGGUUCAAGUGAUGGAUUACGACGGCCAAUGACAAGCAUGCGGGGCACAGGCUACACCUCACAUGGUAGUGUUUUCGACCCACUUAAUCAGGCUAAUAAAGGUCCUGCACCACCUCUGAUCUCAAAGACAGAGGAGAGUCCUGAAGAAAAGAUAAAAUCUUUGGAACGUCGUGUGAUGGGACUUAUUGAAGAAUCAUGCAUGGCAGCUUCACGGGGGGAAAUACGGUUGGCACUGGACAGAGCUAAAGAGGCAUCCAGCAAAGAACGUUCCCUCAUUCGGCAACGAGAGCAAGCUGGAUUAUCAGAUGGACAUAACUUGGACCUCACGUUUUCUGUUUUGUUUAACCUUGCAAACCAAUAUGCUGCCAACGAUAUGUACACAGAAGCUCUAAAUACUUAUCAAGUCAUCACAAAAGACCGUAUGUUUAAUAAUUCUGGAAGGCUGAGAGUGAACAUGGGAAAUAUUCAUUACAAGAUGGGUCAAUACAACAAGGCUGUCAAGUUUUACCGUAUGGCAUUAGACCAGGUGCCAAACACACAUAAGAGUAUGAGAAUCAAAAUAAUGCAUAACAUUGGGUUAGUAUUUGUACGCAUGGGUCAGUACUCUGAAGCCUGUACAAGCUUUGAAUAUAUCAUGCAAGAAGAAGCCAAUUUCAAGACAGGUUUGGAUUUGGUUACUGCCUACUAUGCUCUUGGGGAUAAGGAGAGAAUGAAAAAAGGAUUCCUGCGUUUACUAGAAUGUCAACUGGAUAUUGAUGAUGAUGAAAAAUACACAGCCACAUCAGAGGAUACUCAAGCUAAUCUUAUACUAGAAGUAAUUCGCAAUGAUCCUCUUCGAAAGAUGGAGCGCCAGAUGAAGCAAGAGGCGGAGCGCUCCAUUCUCACUGCUGCCAAGCUUAUUUCCCCAGUUAUUGAGAAUAAUUUUAGUGAUGGGUACAAUUGGUGUGUUGAUGCAAUAAAAAACUCUCAGUAUGCUGACCUGGCAAAUGACCUUGAGAUCAACAAGGCUGUUAUGUAUCUAAGGCAGAAGAAUUUCAAGGAUGCCGUAGAGACACUCAAGAUGUUUGAGAAGAAAGAGACCAAAGUAGCCAGCACAGCAGCUACUAAUCUGUCCUUCUUAUACUUCCUGCAAAAUGAGAUUGACUUGGCUGAUAAAUAUGCUCUCAUGGCAAGAGAUUCAAAUGGGUAUAAUGAUGCUGCUUUAGUCAAUUUGGGAAACUGCUGCUACAAACGAGAAGACUUUGAGAAAGCACGUGAACAUUAUAUUGCAGCUCUUGACAUAGAUGCCUCCUGUGUAGAAGCUCUGUAUAACCUUGGGCUGACAAAUAAGAAACUGAAUCGUUAUGAGGAAGCUUUAGAUUCACUAUUGAAGAUGCAUGCAAUUGUUCGAAACUAUCCACCAGUUGUGUAUCAGAUUGCUCACUUGUACCAGCUCCUGCAUGAUAAUGACCAAGCAUCAGAAUGGUACUUACAGCUGCUAGGUAUUGUGCCAACUGAUCCCCAUAUUCAUCAGCGUUUAGGGCAAAUAUUUGACUCGGAGGGAGAUAAACAGCAGGCAUAUCAGUAUUACUUUGAUUCAUACCGAUAUUUUCCAAGCAAUCUUGAAGUAAUUGAUUGGUUAGGAUCUUACUUCAUCGAGCAUCAAGUUGCAGAGAAAGCAAUCAGCUACUUUGAGCGUGCAGCUCUUAUGCAGCCAGAUGAGCCAAAAUGGCAUCUUAUGGUUGCUGCAUGUCAUCGUCGCUCUGGGAACUACCAGCAAGCUUUGCAAACUUACAAACAAAUCAACCGCAGAUUCCCAGAAAAUGUUGAAUGUCUCAAGCUACUAAUUAGGCUAAGCAGUGACUUAGGGCUCAAGGAAGCAACUGAAUAUGCACAGGAAUUGAAAAAGGUAGAAAGAGCACAAGAACAGAGAGAAAGCAGAGCAGCUAGUGGGUCACGCCCCGGGUCCCGAAGAUCCUCAUCACGGGCUUCUCGUAGUGGGUCGGCUGCCUCAGGGCACGAAGAGUCUGGGUCAUUACUUCCCAAGAGCCCAGGCACAAGAACCAGUUCCAGGAGUGCCCGUAGUAUACCAGGUUCAGCACUUAGUGGUGGGAGGGCCACACGACUCUCACUCAACGACCUAGAGGAGAAUGAGCCUUUUGUUCCAGCAAAUAAAGAAGUUGAUAGUAGUUAUGUUGAUCCUCUCGGUCCCCUGCAAGAACGGCCUAAGACAAGCCUUAGGAGAAAACAAGAAGAGGAUGAUUUUGCUGAUGAAGAACUUGGUGAUGACUUACUGCCCGAGUAAUAAACUAGAUAACAAAGUUAUGUUUAAUAUGAUUGGUAUGUGCAUUUCUAAUACAUGCUUGAGAAAUGUGUGUGAAAUUAAAUAAGAAUGAAGGCAGGUUCAUUGGAUAUCGUUUUGCAUGGAAUUACCAUGAGCCCUGAUUAAUUGUAUUGAGUUGUUUGUUGACAAGAGUUAGUAGCUUUUAAAAUAAAAUAUUUCAAACCA